AUGGCGGACCUCAAAGCCAACGUCGAGCACGCCUCGGCGGCCGACGACUCGCCUCCCGCGUACCCGGACGGCACAAAGCCGGCGGCCGAGGCGGAGGCCGGGCUCACGGGCUCAGAAUCGCCCAGACGCGGCGGACUGCAGCCGCCUGCCAUUAUUGCCAACAUGACGCCCGAGCGGCGACAGGAACUCGAGAAGCACCUCAGAAAGAAGAUUGAUCUCAGACUUUUGCCGACAAUGAUCAUCAUGUACAUCAUGAACUAUAUCGACCGAAACAAUAUUGCUGCUGCGAAACUCGCCAACCUCGAGAAAGACUUGGGCUUGCCAUCCGGAUCGACCGAAUACCAGACUGCUGUUAGCAUUCUCUUUGUAGGCUAUUUGCUGAUGCAGAUACCCUCGAAUCUUUUUCUCAACAAGAUCGGAAAGCCUGCGCUUUACCUCCCAACCUGCAUGAUUGUAUGGGGAAUCAUCUCUGCUGCAACCGCCGGCGUCAAGAAUUUUGGCGGCCUCAUUGCCGUGCGAUUCUUUCUAGGUUUUGUCGAGGCCGCCUAUUUCCCCGGAUGUCUCUACUAUCUGAGUUGUUGGUAUACCCGAAAAGAGCUGGGUCUGAGAACGGCCAUGCUCUACUCGGGCGCCCUCAUCUCUGGAGCCUUCUCUGGGCUCAUCUCGGCGGGCAUCACGGCCAACCUCAACGGCGUCAGAGGUAUCGCCGCCUGGCAGUGGCUUUUCAUCAUUGAGGGCGUUGCCACGGUUGGUAUCGCCUUCAUCAGCUACUUUAUUCUUCCCAACUUUCCGCGGACGACGAGCUGGUUAAGUGAAGAGGAGAGGGCAUUGGCAAUAUGGAGGUUGGAGGAAGAUAUUGGAGAGGAUGAUUGGAUCGAUAGUGAGCAUCAGACGUUCUGGCAGGGCGCCAAACUCGCAUUCAGCGAUAUCAAGACGUAUGUUUUGAUGGUCCUCUUGUUCUGCUUCGUGGCCAGCGGUUCCGUGACCAAUUUCUUCCCGACCGUGGUGGCCACGCUGGGAUACAACAACGUCAACUCGCUCCUGUUGACCGCGCCGCCGUACGUGCUCUGCGUGCUCACAUCGUUUGCCAAUGCCUGGCACGCCGACAAGACGGGCGAGCGCUACUGGCACGUCAUUUGGCCGCUGGUGAUCAACAUGGCCGCCAACAUCAUCGCCGCCACGACGACGUCGCUGGCGCCGCGCUACCUCAGCAUGAUGCUCAUGGUCCCCGGCGUGUACACGGGCUACGUGGUGGCGCUCGCCUGGAUCAGCAACACCCUGCCCCGGCCGCCGGCCAAGCGGGCAGCGGGACUGGCCUUUAUCAAUGCCGUCAGCAACACGAGCUCCAUCUACGCGUCCUACAUGUAUCCCAACUCGGCGGGGCCGCGCUACAUUGUCGCCAUGUCGGUCAACUGUACCACGUCCUUUAUCGCCAUUUGCGCAGCUACCGUGCUGCGCUUCAUGCUCGUCCGGCUGAACAAGAAGUUGGAUCGGGGCAUCCACGUCGAGGGCGCCAUUAACGCGGCGCCUGGAGCGGCAGUGAGCAACGGGUUCAGAUUCAAAAUUUGA